UUUAUAAAUUAUAUUGAUAAUAAAAUAAUUUAUCACAACUGUAAUUUUUUUAAAGCAAAGUAAUAGUUCAAUUCGUCAUAAGACUAGUUGCAUAAUGUGGACUAACAACAUAAAUAUAUACAGAAUGUGAACGAGUAUAAGUGAAGGGACCAAAAAUCCGGAGUUAUAAAUCUAUCUUUCUCCGACUUGUACAUAAUGCUGGUUGGAGAGAGUAAUGGAUGUUAACCUGUAGUAGUAUAUAACUUACACACCAUGUUGGACUACCACAUGUAAAGGAGCCUACGUGACUUUUGCAGUGGCAAUUGUGGUGUACAGAAGAUAGAUAUAAUCAUGCAUCAUUCGGCUUGAAAUGAUUCAUAAUGAUGUUUAAUAUCUUCAAUUGCAUAAGCUCCGAUGUUAUACACAUGACAGCUGAAGAGUAAUCAAAUUAAAUGGGAUAAUUAACAAUGACAUAUCAUCUUAACUGGUAAUUGACAUGAUCAAUGUUAUUCAUUGAUUGUUAACUGUCAUUGGUAAAUUUUUUAAUCAUGGAGCUCAGUUUAUCCGAUACACCAACUGACAAUUUAUAUCUUGCUUUAAUUCAAUGUUUUGCAAUUAUACUUUGCGGAUACAUUGCUGGGAGAUUAGAAAUUAUUACAAAAACCGAAGCCAAUGGAUUGAAUACAUUCGUAGGAACUUUCGCUCUCCCGUCAUUGAUCUUUUUAUCAUUAGCUAAACUCGACUUUUCUCUAGUCAACUGGAAGUUUUUGUUAGCUGUUUUUCUUGCCAAGGCAUGUGUUUUUAUUGUGGUUCUUGGGGUUUCUUUAAUGGUCACAAGACCUGUACAUCCGGGAAGAGCUGCAUUGUUUGCUAUUUUUGCUACUCAGAGUAAUGACUUUGCAAUUGGCUAUCCCAUGAUUGAUGCAUUGUAUGGUGAUACUCAUCCAGAAUAUGCAGCAUAUCUAUACUUAAUGGCUCCAAUAUCUUUGGCCAUUUUAAACCCAAUAGGUUUCGUUCUUCUAGAAAUUGGUAAAAGAAGAACAGGGGCUGAACAAUCAGGAUGGAAACUGGUUGGAUCUAUUGUCAAAGGAAUAGCUCUUAAUCCUAUUCUUGCCAUGACAGUAUUAGGGAUAAUUGGAAAUUUUAUUUGUAGUCAUCAAAUCCCUAAAAUGCUGUCAGUAAUACUUGAAGUAUUUGGAAAUGCAUUUUCAGCCAGUGCAUUAUUUUUACUCGGAUUUAUGAUGGUCGGAAAAAUUCAUACUUUGAAAGGCGCAGCACUAGUCAUACCUGGAAUAUUGAUAUCAGUCAAACUAUUAGCGCUUCCUUUAGUAAUAAGAGAAUCAGUGACACUCCUAGACGCUGGAAUAAAUGAAAUGGAUACAAGGAACCUGAGCACAUAUGGAUUUCUGUAUGGUACAAUACCUACAGCACCGGCAUUAUUCAUUUUUACUCUUCGUUAUAAUGUGGAUAUUGAUUUAAUUGCGUCAGCAAUGGUUGCUUGUACGUUCUUAUCAGCUCCAUUAAUGUUCGUUUCUGCGAAACUCAUCAGUGCAAUUAAUGACGGAGUAUCGCCAGCAAGUUAUGCACGACAACUAAAUUCAUUUUCUUUGGAUGUAAGCGUAGCAUCGAUUGCAGCUUGUUUAUGGCUUUUUAUAUGUUUCUUCGUGCUAGAAGGAAAAAAAUAUAAACGCCUAACACAUCGGUGUACGUUGCACAUUAUAGCUGCACAACUCGCUGUAGCAAUUGGACUUCUCAUGUGGACAAAACUCAAUACAAACAUGGUUGGAUCUAUCUACUGGUAUAUUCAAUUCGUUCUCAUUAGUGUAGGUGUUUACGCAAGUCGACUUUGGACAGCGUCAUUAGCGGCAACUCUACUUUUCUUAAGCUCAAGAACACAAAACUUUGUCAAAGAUUUGCAAAGAUGGAUUUUACCAAUUGGUUUAAUUGUACCAUUAUUGAUUGUGGGUUUGAUGUGCUUGGUAAUCUCACCAAAUAAUUUUGUGAGCUUUGAUCUCAGAAACCCUAACUUUCAAUUCGGAAGAGUUCAAGCAGCAGUCUCGAUUUUCUUAUUAUUAUUUUCUUUCAUAGUAACGGCUGGUUGUUUAAUAUUGCAACAAAGAUAUCAAAGGCGUCAUAAUGCUGAAAUUUAUGCUAGUCUAUUACAAACGUCCGAAAAUAUUGAAUCUUCAAUCGUAGAAAAUAGAAAUGUGGUUGAUGUUGAAGACUUAAUACCUUCUGGAGCUGCUUUAUCAAGAGGUAGCUGUAUUUUGGAGCAUAACAAUACUUGUGACUUCCAGAAUAACUUUUGUGCUCCUAGCUCUUUAACAGAUGAACAGGACAUGGAUUAUCAGACUGAUCAAAGAAGAGUAGAUCCUGAUGAUCCGCAAUUUCUAAGACAUUUAGUUCUUUUAAUAUUUCUUUUAUGUUCCAUGUUUGUCGGUAUAGCUUUAUCAGUUGGAACGAUGAUAAUGGAACAAAUGACAGGAGUAUACGCUGAGUUGGCUUUUCUUGAUGUGGCAUUUAAUUUUGGACAAUCAUUAAUAGCGUUUAUUAUAUUUGGACUGGAUCCAAGCCUUGGACGACUUGGAGCUUGGCUUAAAAAAAUUUGUCGGGAUUGGAAAGCUCGUCAGAAAUUACAACUACCAGAUGAAGAAUCUUUAAGCGCAGAAACUUUAUCGAUUCGUGAACAAUUUAAACGAUGUCACCUCCACGAAUGCCGUCAAAGGAUAUCUAUGUGUCGUAGGCGUUUAUUGAAAGUUUAUGAAGGAGCAUUUUCCGGUACUGACUUGGUUGAUUAUCUAUUACAAGCUGGAAUAGCUGAAAACCGGGAAGAUGCAGUACAAUAUGGACGACGUCUUCUUGAAAGUAGGGUAUUACAUCAUGUAGAUGGUACUCAUCAUUUUCAUGAUAAUAAUAUUUUAUAUGCCUUCAAAAGCUAAAUAAUUUGGAUUAUUUAAUUUCGUCUGUACCAUCUGAGUAUUAAUGAUUAUUAAUUAAUUUAAUAUUAUUCGAUUUAGUGAGCCAUGGUCCAAAUUAAUUGUUAUGGUUGUUAAAGUAAUUAAUAGUCUAUUCUACAAAAAAAAAGCCAAAAUAAUAGGAAAAAUGAUAAAACAAUAGUUUACUUCACUAAUUUAUUUAUUUUUUUAUAUUUAUGAAUAAUUAUUUUUAUCCGCGGGACGGAUAAAUAAUUUAGUUUUACAGAUUAAACAAUCGUGAUCAUCAUCCAUCUUUAAUAUUGAAUAAUAUAAACAAUUUAUUGUGCACAAUCGUAUAAUUGAAACCCUCUGUUCUAUAAACUAUAAAUAUUAAUAAGCGUAAUUUUUGAUAGUAUGCUGCUGUGGCUCAAGUCAAGUACUGUUUACAAAGACAAUACUUGGUCGAGUGAUUGCCUUGUUGAGCGUUUGAUACUUAGUCUGUAUUAUGUUUUGUUUUUGUAAGUACCAAAGUUUUGUUUUCAUUGUUCUCUUUUAUAUUUAAGAAUAAUUGAGGUUUCUUAAAAUUUCUAAUAAGUAAAAAGAAAAAUGGCUUAAGUAAAAGUAAAAUUAUUUUAAUAGUAAAAGCUAUUUUUUAAAUAUACUAGAAACAUUAAUAAAUUAUGUAUAUGUAUUGAAAGUUUUGAACUUCAUAUAUGUAACCACGGCCAA